UUGCCUACGUUCCCGUUCCGUGCACCAAGCUUUCGAAACAAUAGUUUGCGACCAGCAACCCUUGUCCUCCCCAGACUCCAUGUGCACGCCCAUCAAUAUCGUCGACUCGCCAACUCCGCAAACCACAUCAAUGCCCACCAGCGCAAAGGCCAUUCGCUACUUCAAGGUCGACUGAGCUACCAUGGAAAAAGCGUUGGAUCGAUCGAUCGCUUUUCCCGCUUCACGACACUCUACAUGCUCCUCAUACUGCAUGCAUCUCGUCCUCUCGAUCCUCCUCAACAUGCAGCCUCUCUCGCAAACCAACUCGCUCGUCGUCACCGUGCUCGCGGUGGACCUCGACCAGUUUGCCGCCACAGUCGUCUCGACCAAACUCCGCCUCGUCUGUGGCACCCAGCGCGAGACACUCAAGUCCAAGGACGUUGCGCAAUGGGGCGCCGCCGUCGAGUUCCUUCCGCCUGUCGACACCAUUGGCGUCAGUGUGCACAUCAAAGACGCAGCUGCGUGCGUGUGCAGCGGGUACGACGUCUUUGGCACGACGUCGAUCCCGCUUUCGUCGCUCGACAGCGCCACCAAUGGCGAAGGCUUCUUUCCCUUUGCGCAUGGCCACGGCGGCGUGCGCCUUGCAUUCGAGUGGAGCGCCGACGUCGCGCGCUGCAGCCGCGUGCAUUUGCCGUGGCGGCGCCAUGCGCACUGUGCCGACUGCAACGCGCCCGUGUGCAAGCACUGCAGCUUUCCGAGCGGCCGCAGUGGCGUCGCUUGCCGGGCCUGCGUGGCCGCCAAGCGAACGCUCGUGCUCUCGCCCAUCAUCUCAGACACGACGUCCGAGACCGACUCGGAUGACGCCAGCGCACCGGUGUCGCUCCCAAAGCCCGAUGAUGACGACCAUGUCUCGGCCGAUGAUUUCCAAGUCGUUGGCAAAAUGGAUGCGGUGAUUGUGGUGCGAAAGACGCAUGGGUCGGACGCCGGGACCAUGUACGCGCUGCGCCCGACGCUCAAGACGCUAGCGUCGCUGCCAGGCUUGGUCCGUGCCAAGGCCGUCGUCGAGGCCUUUGGCCACCCGAACGUACUCGCGCCACUGUAUCUCUUUCAGACCGCGACGACCGCGUACGAGAUCACCUCGACGGCAGCGCGACAGCCGCUCUCGACGCUCCUCGGUGGCGUCGACGAGAUUGAAGGCGCACAGCUCCUCGCGCGCGUCCUUUCCGGCCUCGCCCAUGUCCACGCCCGCGGCUACGUGCACGGCGCCGUCUCGUCGGCCAACGUGCUUCUUGGCCACGAUGGCACGGUCGUCCUCGCCGGCUUUGAGCACGUGACGCCCCUCGCCGACGACGGCGCGAUCGUCGACUGGCACGCGCUGGGCCUCUUGGUAUACGAGCUCUUUGUCGGCGCCGGGCCGCUCACCGAAGACACGUUUCUCACGGACGCAACGUGUCGUCAACAUGGCUUGCUCCCAGCCGGUCGCGACCUCUGCCUUGCCUUGCUCUCGGCGACCGAGAAGAGCUCGGCGAUUGACUUUAUGGCGAGCGACUUCUUCUUUGGCGUCGAUUGGACGAGCCUCGAUACGACGCCCGUGCCGCACCCGAGCGACACGCCGCAGCUCGACGACGUCCCAACUGACGCGUUUGACCUGGCGCUGCUUCAAGCCCGCGUCUUUGCCGACGAUCCAGACGCGUGGCCGUUGCACAUUCCAGAGUACGCCUACGCCCGCGCCACCACGGUCGGCGCCAGCGACUUUGCCGUUCUUGGCCACAUGACGACACCGACGCGCGCCCAGGUGCACGUCGUGCAAAAGACGACGGGCGCCGACGCGGGUGCCUACUACGCUCUGCAGUCCAUCGGCAAGGCGACGACGCAACCGCCGGCCGUGGACGUAUUGGCGUUGCGCCACGCGACCUUGGUGGCCAAAAAAGAUUCGAGGCUUUGCAAGCGCGACGCCUGA